CUUUCUGUUUCCUUGUUGAAAUAUCUGUCUUUUUUGUAUCUUGCUUUGCAAGUAAAACAAGAAUUAGUUUAUUUCUAGAUGUUUUAGAAGCUUUAUUAGCAAAUAUUUUUGAAAGUGUUGAUACCAAGUGAAUUCCAAUGGGGAAAGGAGGUGGUUGCUUUCCAAGCAAGACAAAGGCACCAAUUUCAGGAACAGAAAAGAAUGAUCCUGGCAGUGUUGAAAGCCUAAUUCCAAGAGAUGACCCAAGUAGCACAAACCAAGAAGAGCCACCACAAGAAGCAGUGAAAAAGCUGAAAGUUUUCAUUGUGUUCUACUCAACCUAUGGUCAUGUGGAGUCAUUGGCAAAGUCCUUGAAGAAGGGGGUUGAUUCAAUUGAAGGAGUUGAAGGGCUGUUGUACCGUGUGGUGGAGACACUGUCUAAGGAGGUGUUGGAACUCAUGAAGGCACCUGAGAAGGAUGAAAAGGUGCCACUCAUAUCUGCAGAGAAGUUGUUGGAAGCUGAUGGAUUGUUAUUUGGGUUUCCAACAAGGUAUGGAAGCAUGGCGGCGCAGAUGAAGGCGUUUUUUGAUUCCACAGGUCAAUUAUGGAGAGAGCAGAAGCUGGUUGGUGUGCCUGCUGGCUUCUUUGUCAGUACUGGCACUCAGGGUGGUGGUCAAGAAACCACAGCAUGGACAGCAAUCACACAGUUAGUCCACCAUGGAAUGCUCUAUGUUCCUAUUGGUUAUUCUUUCGGUGCUGGAAUGUUUGAAAUGGACUCCAUUAGAGGUGGAUCUCCAUAUGGUGCUGGAGUUUUUGCUGGUGAUGGCUCAAGGCAAGCAAGUGAAACAGAGCUGGCCCUUGCUGAGUAUCAAGGAAGGUACAUGGCAACAAUAGUCAAGAAGUUGGGCCAGAAAAGCUAGCUUCUCUGUCACCAAAACCUUGUUAAGGGAUGAUGAACUAG